GAUUUGGUUUUCAUUUCAUCAGGUAUGUCUAUGUGUGGCAUGCGCUAAUGGGAUACUGGGGUGGACUUCACCCGGAUGCUCCUGGGACCAAAAAGUACAAUCCAAAAUUAAAAUUUCCAGUGCAGUCACCGGGGAAUCUUGCACAUUUAAGAGAUAUAGCAAUGGAUUGUAUGGAGAAGUAUGGUGUUGGUACAAUUGAUCCAGACAAAAUAUUUGAAUUUUAUGAUGAUCUACAUAAAUAUCUUGUCUCACAGGAGGUGGAUGGGGUUAAGGUUGAUGCACAGAACAUAUUGGAAACCAUAGCAACUGGGUUAGGAGGCCGAGUCACUUUAACUAGACAUUUUCAACAGGCACUUGAGAAGUCCAUAGCCACCAAUUUCCAAGACAAUAGCAUAAUCUGCUGCAUGGGACAGAACACAGAUUCCGUUUACAACACAAAAAGAAGUGUCAUUACACGUGCAUCUGAUGACUACUAUCCGAAAAAUCCAACAACACAAACACUGCACAUAGCUGCUGUGGCUUAUAACAGCAUGUUGUUUGGUGAAAUUUUUGUCCCGGAUUGGGACAUGUUUUAUGUACGUAUGAUAUGGCCUCUUUUUUUUUUUUUUUUUUACUAGACUUUUUUUUUUUUUUGUUUUUU